AUGAAGAUUGGAAAAGCUUUUAAUAAGAUUCUCGAUGUAAAUGUCCCACAUGGAGGAGCUCUUGCUGGGAAAUGCAUCAGAAUUUUGGCUGCGAUAGAUAUCAAUCAACCCUUGCUUCGUUGCACUAACAUUCAAAUGGGAGGAACUAAAGUAAAAGUGCACUUCAAAUAUGAAUGGUUAGUCAACUUCUGCUUUUAUUGCGGCCGCUCGGGACAUAUUGAUCGCAAUUGUGAAAAAAGAACUUCUGAUAUUGGCCAUGACAACCUGAUGGAGGGACUCUAUGGUGAUUGGUUAAAGGCAACUGACAUUUUCCACACUCCCACCUCCAACCCCUCCACCACUAAUACAGAUAUUACCAGUCAUACAACUUCUCGCAAACCAAGUAAUCAUAGCAACAUCAUUCCUUCUAAGAACCCAGAAUCACCAAUCACCCUUCCUCACUCAGAAUCUUCACAUAUCCCCACCCUCCCUAUUAAUUCUCUCACCCCAGAACAGACACCUAUCCACGACACAGACAACAGUCCCCACAACCAACAUACAAACUUAGCUUAA